AGAAAAAAUAUCAAAAAAUAUCAUCAAAAUAUCGCGAUUUCUGGGCAAUAAGUUUCACGAUAUAUCAUUUUCAGGAAAAAUACCUCCCAUCUUUCUUUCAAAAUCGCACGUUGAGCAGUUGAGAUGGCGUCGAAAGUUUCGCGUGACACGCUCUAUGAGGGCGUCAAUGGACUCCUGGAGGCUUCGGCCAAGAAGAAGCGUGGCUUCCUCGAGACGGUGGAGCUGCAGAUCGGCCUCAAGAACUACGAUCCCCAGAAGGACAAGCGUUUCUCCGGCACCGUCAAGUUGAAGCACAUCCCCCGUCCCAAGAUGAAGGUGUGCAUCCUUGGCGAUCAGCAGCAUUGCGACGAGGCCAAGGCCAACAAUGUCGACUUCAUGGAUGCCGAGGCCCUCAAGAAGCUGAACAAGAACAAGAAGCUUGUGAAGAAGCUGGCCAAGUCUUAUGAUGCCUUCCUGGCCUCCGAGUCGCUCAUCAAGCAGAUUCCCCGUCUGCUUGGCCCUGGCUUGAACAAGGCUGGCAAGUUCCCUGCCCUCCUUUCGCACCAGGAGUCCAUGAUCGGCAAGAUCGAGGAGGUCAAGUCGACCAUCAAGUUCCAGAUGAAGAAGGUCCUGUGCCUGUCCGUUGCCGUUGGCCAUGUGGGCAUGAAGUCCGAUGAGUUGGCCCAGAAUGUCAACCUGUCGAUCAACUUCUUGGUGUCGCUGCUGAAGAAGAACUGGCAGAAUGUGCGCUCCCUGCACGUCAAGUCCUCCAUGGGCCCACCCCAGCGUCUCUACUAGAUGCGCCUCUUUUUUUACAUCUUACAAUAAAGGAGAAGCUACAUUUCAAUAAUGUAACUAAAAA